AGAAGUCCGCUCUUUUUCGAUACUCCCCUAUUCCUCGCCUAUAAAACAUCGCAUCACUCAAAACUCUGUUGGCCAGUCUCACAUCGUCAACCUCGCAACGCCUUUUCAAGCUUUUCGCUUUAAUGGCGGAUCAAACAUGUUCGAUCUCUGGACUAUCAGCUCUACUCUCCAUCUCUGGAUCCUCAAACGCCACAGGUGCGGCACAGUACAUCUGCUCCCAGCUGAAGACGGCGGCGCUGAUCACCGCCGACUUAACCACUGCGAUCGACGCGACCUUCCUCCUCUUCUCAGCCUAUCUCGUCUUCGCCAUGCAGCUCGGCUUCGCGAUGCUCUGUGCCGGAUCCGUCCGCUCCAAGAAUACGUUGAACAUCAUGCUCACCAAUGUCCUCGACGCCGCCGCCGGGGCCCUCUUCUACUACCUUUUCGGCUUCGCCUUCGCCUUUGGAUCCCCAUCCAACGGAUUCAUAGGUCGCCACUUCUUCGCCCUAAAAUCCGUCCCCUCCCCUGGCUUUGACUACCCUUAUUUCCUCUUCCAAUGGGCCUUCGCCAUAGCCGCGGCCGGCAUCACAUCAGGGUCCAUUGCCGAGCGCACCCAAUUCGUUUCCUACCUUAUAUACUCUUCCUUCCUCACCGGCUUCGUUUACCCCAUUGUAUCCCACUGGUUCUGGUCCGCCGACGGCUGGGCCGCAGCAAACCGAAAUCCAAACGAUUCGCUUCUAUUCGGUUCUGGAGUGAUCGAUUUCGCCGGAUCUGGCGUCGUCCAUAUGGUCGGAGGAAUCGCUGGUUUUUGGGGGGCGCUAAUCGAAGGUCCCCGCAUUGGUCGCUUCGAUCACAAAGGCAAACCCGUCGCCCUCCGCGGUCAUAGCGCGACCCUCGUCGUCCUCGGCUCAUUCAUGCUCUGGUUCGGCUGGUACGGCUUCAAUGCCGGCUCGUUCAUCACGAUUGCCAAAUCUUACGGUCCAUUAGGCUCCCCAAUCAACGGGCAGUGGUCCGCCAUCGGCCGCACCGCCGUUACCACCACCCUCGCCGGAUGCACGUCAGCUCUCACCACUCUUUUCGGUAAGCGCCUUCAAACAGGACACUGGAACGUGAUCGACGUUUGUAACGGGUUGCUCGGCGGCUUCGCCGCCAUCACUGCCGGAUGUGCUGUGGUUGAACCUUGGGCCGCUGUGAUCUGCGGCUUCGUGGCGGCCUGGGUUCUUAUCGGGUUCAAUCGUCUCGCCGAGAGAUUUCAGUACGAUGACCCCCUCGAGGCCGCUCAGCUGCACGGCGGCUGCGGCUCAUGGGGGGUUCUCUUCGCGGGCUUAUUCGCGAAGAAGGAGUUCGUGGAGGAGGCGUAUCCGGGGAGGCCGGGGAGGCCGUAUGGGCUCUUUAUGGGCGGCGGAGGAAGGCUUCUGGCGGCGAACGUGGUGCAGAUGUUGGUGAUAGUUGGGUGGGUGAGCGCGACGAUGGGUCCUCUGUUCUUUUUUCUUCAUGAGAUGGGGUUGCUUAGAAUCUCGGCGGAGGACGAGUUGGCCGGCUUGGAUGUGACUAAUCACGGCGGCGCCGCUUACGUUUACUUUGAUGAGGACGCAUCCGGCGGUGGAAGCAAUGGCGGCGGAUUCAUGAUGAAGGGGGUUAAUUCGCGGGUGGAUCCGCUGCUCACUCCUACGUCUUCCAUUGAGGUUUAGCUACGCCACCCCUGCUUUAUCACAGUAGAUACGUACCUUGUUCAUAACCAUAAUGAGGAUGUCCUCAUAUAGUCUAUUUCGAGUUGUAAUCGGUAAACUCUUUCACCGUAUUUUUUUUUUUAUGUUUUAACAACUUUUUAAACAUUUCUCAUCAGUGUUAUCUGCUAUUAAUGAUCAUGAGGAUAGUAAGUCUUUUUUCUUUUUUGUUUUUGUUUUUGUUGUUGUCAAAUAGGCCAUUUGGACUCUAUCUUAAAUAUUAAGGUUUCGUUUUCGAUUG